AUGUCACAUAGCAAACGCAACACCUCCCGCGCAGUCUUCACAUCCCACGAACGAGACCUCGCCAAAUCCGCCUGGAGUUCCAAUAAAACGCGCUUAUCCCGGGACUCCUUCCUCCCCUUUGCAUCAUGUCGUCUCUGUCUUCUCCCCGCCCGUGACCCCGUGUCCUGUCCCCACGGCGAUAUCUUCUGUCGAGAGUGCGCAUUAAGUAAUAUCUUGGCGCAGAAGAAAGAUAUUAAACGUAUGGAGAAGAUUCGGGAGCAGGAAGGCAAAGAGAAGGAUAUAGAUGCUGAUCGGGAUGAGGAGGAGGCGAGGGAGAGGGCGGUGAGGGAGUUUGAGAGGGUGCAGAUGGGGUUGGAAGUAAAGGUUGGGAAUGGGGGGAAGAUUGUAGGGAGGGAGGGGGGAAAGGUUGUUGUUGAGGAGGAAACGGGGAAGAGGGGUGAGAAGAGGAAGUUUGAGUUAGAUGAGGAUGAACUGCUGCGAAUCGCAAAAGAUGAGAGAAAUAAAGCCCGUAAAGCAAUCGACGAAGAAAAAGCAUCCAAAACCACCCUCCCCUCCUUCUGGGUCCCCUCCAUAACCCCCUCCUCAAACACAAAAUCCACCCUCCACGCCCUCACAACAACCCACAAAACCCUCCCCAUCUGCCCCUCCUCCCCAUCAAACACCCCCCAUCCCUACUCCCUCCACACACUAAUCACCAUCCACUUCUCGACCCCCAAAAACACCUCAUCAACCUCAACCUCCGCAUCCGCAACAUCCACCACCAGCUCCGCACCCCCAAACAUCUGCCCGGCAUGCACCAAACCCCUAACCAACACCUCGAAAGCCGUGCUCACCAAACCCUGCGGACACGUGUUGUGUAAGAGCUGCGUGGGGAAGUUCAUGGCACCGAUGAAGGCGGAUCCGCAUGCGCCAGAGGCGGAGGUGGGGGUUGUGAGGUGUUUUGUUUGUGAGGAGGAUGUGACGGAGCGGAAGGCGAAAGGAAAAGAGGAGGGGAAGAAAGGGAAGAAGGAGAAAGAUAAAAUCAGACCCGGGUUGGUGGAGAUUAAGAGUGAAGGGACGGGGUUUUCGGGGGCGGGGAGUAAUAUGGUUGAGAGGAGUGGUGUAGCGUUUCAGUGUUAG